AAUAUCUGCUGACAGACUAUUUUGGAUGUGCAUCUAACUUUGUUUGCAAAUGGCUGACUGCAGCUAAAUUGACAAAUUUCAUAAUUUUAAAGACGCAUUUUGAGGCUUGUCAUAAUGGGUAAAGAACCAACACCACUAGAAAAAGUAACAAAAGAUGGUGAUUUGCUUCGCAAACAGGUUGACAAGAUAACAAAAGAAAGUCUGAAAAAUGCCAACAACAAGAAACUUAAAGACAAGGAUAUUAAACUAAGGGCAAAUUUCCGCAGCUGUUAUGAGCUAAAACCCCAGAUCACUGCGAUAUUACAGAGGGCACAGGAAUUGACAGAGGAGAAUGAAGGACCUAAAGUUAAAAACUUUGAACAAAAGAAGAAAAAAGAAACUGAUAGAAUCACAUUAUGGCAGACUCAAGUGGAUGACACAAUGGCAAAACUUCUCCCAGAUGAGGAGGGAGAAACUUACCUCAAAGAGUUAAAGAAAGAACUGGGGGAAGAUGAUGAAGAAGAAGAUGAUGAAGAAAAGGGAGAUGAUAAAACAGAAAAGGAUGAGGAGGAGGAAGAAGAAGAGGAUGGGAAGAGGUUUAGAAGAAGAAGAGGAUGA